AUGCCGUUGAAUCAUUUGAUUCGUGAUGGAGACAAUCCGGAUAUCACCGAAGAAAGGCAAAAGGCUACAUUUAGUACGGAGGAGUUGGCGAUUGAGAUCUAUGGAGAGCCAUUAGCCCAACGUCGACGAGAAAUCUCGGCCGAGGUGCUGAAAAGACCCGAACUUUUGGAUGAUUGUCCUCAUGUUUUCUUGGAUCGAACGACAAAAGUCGAGAACUCGAUGAAAAAGACGGUAGCUGUGAUGGAAAAGGGAUCGGAGAUCUGUGAUUUCACAUCUCGUGAAGAACUUGGGCAUCUAGUCUGCGAGGUUUUCGGUGACGAUGGUUUCCCGUUGUCGAUUCAUUUCGUCAUGUUCCUGCCAGCAAUCCAGGGGCAAGCCGACGACGAACAAGCCGAGCAAUGGAUUCCAAGAGCGAUGAGACUCGAGUUCAUCGGCACUUAUGCGCAAACCGAGCUCGGACAUGGGACAAACUUGAGAGCACUCGAAACAACGGCCACUUAUGAUAAGCGAACUCAAGAGUUUAUUCUGCACACGCCUACCGUGUCUGCUUACAAAUGGUGGCCAGGAAAUCUCGGCAAAACGGCGAACUACGUCAUCGCUAAUGCGCAACUUUACAUUGACGGCAAGAGCCACGGACCACACAACUUUUUGGUGCAGAUCAGAGAUGAGAAUACACAUCAACCGAUGCCUGGAAUAACUGUCGGUGAUAUUGGACCAAAGUUUGGCCUCAAUACGAACGAUAAUGGAUUUUUGCGAUUCGAUCAUGUCAGAAUUCCGAGAAGGAACAUGUUGAUGAGACAUUCGAAGGUCUCGGCUGAUGGUGUCUAUUCUCCUCCUGUUCAUCCAAAGUUGUCCUAUGGAGCCAUGAUUUUCGUUAGAGCUACAAUGAUCCGAAUGUUGGCUCACGUUGUGCUCAAAGCCGCCACAAUUGCCAUUCGCUACUCGUGCGUUCGACGACAAGGAGAGAUUAAAACUGGAAAUGGGGAAGUGAAAAUUCUCGAAUACCAGACCCAACAACAUCGCCUUUUCACGGCACUGGCUCGUGGAUUUGCCUAUCGCCUUGUGGGUGACGAAGUGAAGAAUCUCUAUGAGAAAAUUGCUGAAGAGGUCAAGCAUGGGAAUGUCGAACAACUUGCCGACUUACACGCCUUAUUGUCUGGAAUGAAAUCAAUUGUUUCCUAUGAUUCGGGAAAAGCCAUUGAACAGUGUCGAAUGGCUUGUGGAGGACAUGGAUACUCGCAUGCAAGUGGAAUCCCGGAGAUGUACGCCGUUGAGAUCGCUGGCUGCACCUACGAGGGUGAGAACAUGGUGAUGCUUCAACAACAAGCCAGAUACCUAGUCAAAGGAAUUCAUCGGCUCGCUCACGGCGAAGAGCUCUCCACAAUGCUCCAAUAUCUGGCGAACACCAGCAACAACAAAUUCCGUAUUGGGGAAAGCGGAGUUGACCUUGAAAACGCGUUGAUCUUGGCCCUUGAGUAUAUCGCUCGUUCCACCAUCGAGAGAGUGACGGCUCGAUUGGAUUCCCUACAGAACAAAGGUCUUUCCGCGGAAAACGCCUGGAAUGAGAAUGCCGUCGAGUUGACGAGAGCCUCUCGUACUCACACUCGUUUGUGGAUCGCUCGUUGUUUCCGUGACCGCGUUCACCGAAUCGAGAACCACGCAAUCCGAUCGGCUCUCACCGACAUCCUCGAACUCUUCUUGACUUAUGAAGUUGUCGAUAUGAGUCAAUAUUUAUAUCAGGGAGGCUACGCAAACUCAGAUCAGGUCGCUCAGGUAAAAGAUGCGAUGUACAAGCUUUUGGAGAAGAUCCGCCCGAAUGCCGUUUCGUAUGUUGAUGCCUAUGAAGUCUCCGACACCGAGUUGCGCAGUGUUUUGGGUCGUCGAGAUGGAAAUGUCUACGACAAUCUCCUCAAAUGGGCUAAAAGCAAUCCGUUGAACAGAACUGAGGUCCUUCCCGCUGUCGAGAAACACCUUAUGCCAAUGAUGCUAGCUGCAAAGAGCAAACUU